GUACAAUUCAUAUUGAUUGUGGUUAGGGAAGGUUGUAAUUUUUAUUGACGUUCCCAAUCACAACAAAAAAUUAAAUAUUAAAUGUAUCUCGUUGUGCUGUGAGUGUAAUACAGUUUUUAAGAUUUUCUUUGUAUUGUGAUAAUGGAGAUUUGCUUUUGACUGUAGUGUUAUUACUUGAUUAAAUAUAUCGGAUAUAUCAACCAUAAUAAAAUGAGUGUUGCUCAAGUACAAGGUGGAUUAAGUAAACUUAAAAAGAAGCAUUUUCGUGUUAAACAUCAAAAGGUUAAAUUGUUUAGAGCAAAUGAACCGAUUCUCUCGGUAUUUAUGUGGGGCGUUAACCAUACGAUCAACGAAUUGAGUCAUGUGACCAUACCAGUUAUGUUGUUGCCUGAUGACUUCAAAUCUUAUUCCAAGCUCAAAGUUGACAACCACUUGUUCAACAAAGAAAACAUGCCAAGUCACUUCAAAAUUAAAGAAUACUGUCCAUUAGUAUUCAGAAAUUUGCGGGAAAGGUUUGGUAUUGAUGAUCAGGAUUACAAGGAGUCAAUGACUAGAUGCUCGGACGCACGGAGCACUGUGACGAACCCGAGACGUCGCUAUGAUUGUAAUCUACGACGGUCCACCACUUUGCCCACCAGUCUCAGAUCAGACCCAAAGACAUUUGUUAAGUCUAAGCGGAGGUCCCAGCCAGUACCCGAUGAUUCUCAGGGAAAAUCAGGAGCAAAGUUUUAUCAGUCCUAUGAUCGUUUGUUCAUAAUCAAGACUUUGACUAGUGAAGAAGUAGAGAGAAUGCAUUCGUUUUUGAAACAAUACCAUCCUUAUAUCGUGGAGAGGCAUGGCAAAACACUACUACCUCAGUACCUGGGCAUGUACCGACUGACAGUAGAUGGUGUCGAACACUACAUGGUAGCCAUGAGGAAUGUCUUCAGCAACCACCUUCAGACCCACAGGAAGUUUGAUUUAAAAGGAUCAACAGUUGACAGAGAAGCAUCUGACAAGGAAAAAGAGAAAGACUUGCCCACUUUUAAAGACAACGACUUUGUAAAAGAAGGUAUAAAAAUCUACAUCGGUGACAUCGCCAAAGACAAAUUAUUGGAAACACUGACAGCUGAUGUAGAGUUUCUGACGAAAUUGCAUUUGAUGGACUAUUCACUGCUGUUGGGUAUCCACGACUGUGCACGGGCGGAGGCGGAGGGGGAAGACAUGGAUGAUGGAGAGCAGGAUGAUGAAGACGACAGUGAUGGUAAUGUGGUGGGAGGAGGGGACAGAGUGCCCCCACCUUGGGGUACAACCCCACCAGACUCUCCUCACCAAUUAGUCCGUGAGACCAGUCUGCAGUAUGAAGGCGGCAUUGUUCCGGAGCUUGACAUCUACGCCAUCCCCAGUUGUGAUACUGCUCCUGUGAAAGAAAUAUACUUCCUGGCUCUAAUAGACGUCCUGACACACUACGGAGUAAAGAAACAAGCAGCCAAAGCUGCCAAAACAGUGAAGUACGGAGCAAAUGUUGACGGCAUUUCCACCUGUGAUCCUGAACAGUAUGGCAAAAGGUUUAUUGAAUUCCUGAGCAAAGCAAUUGAAUGAAUGAAUUUAUCAAUCAAUCAAUAGAGUCCAAUACUAAUUAUUUCAUCAUUCUCUCAUUGCAGUAAGCGCACAUCAACAAUUUAUUUAAACCAAAUUUUCUUAUUCAAAAUGAAAUUUGUCCAUUGUGCAAUACUAUUUACAAUAUUCCACAUCAUUGUUAUGUUGUAGGUUUAUAUAGAAACAAAUUAAACAGCUACACUUUUAUCACAAAGUCAUUAUCUUUUGCCUAUUUUUGUAUUGUUAGAUUAGUCUUUUGUAUAGUUAUAAAGUAUAUAAAUGCAGUAAUCUUAAGUGUUCCUUAAGUCCAAUAAGGCUCUGAUGUAUCUUCAAAUUAAUGUUACCAUUUUGGCUAUUGCUCUUAGGCACGCUCUUUGCCACUAAUAGAACAUCAAUUAUGGCCUAACACUCGGUUUAUUGUCCGUUUGAUAUUUUUGGAAUAAAUUAAAUACAUUCUUUCGACAUUUAGUUAAAAAUGUUGUAGACUAAACUCGAAGAAUUAUUGAAUUUUAACAAAAUAUUAAGUAUUAAGUACUGUUUAUUUAAAAUAUAAUGCAUACGUGUAAUAAAUGACGGCUUAUGUUUAUGGAAUACUUCUGCCAUUAAUUUAAAACUAAGGCACAAGUUAAUUUAUAGUCCAAUUGUUUUGCCGUUAGUGAAUUUAAUCAAGAAGGUAGCCUAUGUUAAUUUUUAUAUGUAUAUUCUUCAAUUAUAAUCAUAUUAAUAUAAAUGGUUUCCAUUGAAAUAUGUGAUUGGUUAUGUAUUGUAAAUAAACAGUGUAAAGUGGUUCUGAGUUUUUGCAAACUCAUAAUUACAUUAUUUUAACUUUUCAAAGAUUUUCAUAAAUAGUCUUAAAUAUCAAUUAAAUUAAUUAAUAUUAAAUAUGAAUGAAAAAUCAGUUAAUUAAAUUGUUUGUAUUAAAAAAAUUUUUAUUGGCAGAUGAACAUGAUAUUCGUCUUAAACUAAAUAAACUUGGUUAUUUUUUUCCUCGUUUACUUGUUUGGGUUUAUAUACAGACACAUAUGAAAAACUAGUCAAAAUAUAACUAAUCUUAAGAAUUAUUUUAUAAAUCAUGUCUUAUUAUAAGUAUUUAGCUAGCUUAAGUUUGUGUGAAGCGGAAUGAUAUGUUUAUGGGCUUUCCAGUAUUAGUGUCGUCCUGUUUAUUUGUUAAUUUUUUAAAGUGGUAAUAUUUUCUUUAGGAUUGUUUGGUUACUUCCUGUGUCCUUCACAAAUGACUUUGUGUUUUGCUGUUUAAUUUUUUAUAAUUUUAAAUAUUUCCGAAAAAUUAGUUACUACUAUUCUACCUCGCUGGAUUAAUUAUGUCAUAACUUAAAGUGUGUGUUUUCCCAAGUAUUUUCACUUUUAUAGAUUGUUCAAAAUAAGUUAUAUAAAGUCGAGUAAUUCGUCAUGAAUGUCAUCUUCAUGUUUGACACAACAUCCACUUUGUUCUUGCCAUCACCUGUUUUGCAACAGCAAAAGUUUAAACCCUUCAUGUACAAGUUCCUUGUGUCACAUUUAUGUGUUCCCUUGUCCAUGUCCAUUGCUCAGCAGUUUGUAAUGUAAUAAUUGAAACAAUGUAUGUGACAGAGAAAACAUUGGAUGUUUAAAAUGUUGUUAUUGACUGAUUUAAGAUUUAAUCAAAUUAAAUUCAGUUAUCACUAUACAUUAUUGCUUUAAUAUGAUGUUUUCCUAUUCUUCAUAGGGGUAAAGUUUUUAAAAUAUGUACAUGCACUUUGUAUAUUGUAAUGUUUUGUUUGAUUAAAUUAUGAAGUAAUAGCUAAAUAAUUAUUUUGAGAUUAAUUUAUUACAAGUUGUACAAAUUUGUAAAAUGUUAUUCCACUCAGGUACAUUGUUUAUUGGUUACCAUGUCAAGAAUGAUUAUUAGGAAUGGUUUUCCAUUAGGUUGUAUUGAUUGGUCAAAGCUCAAGUAUUUCCAAUGCGUGAUGGAACUGUAACUGGCUAAUAUUGUCAUGAUGAGCAUGGCGGAAGUUUGUACAACGUAAUACAAAAAUUUUCUGAAAUCCAUUUUAUUGAUUUAGACUUAUACUGUCAGAUUAAACUUUGGCAAAUGAUUAUAUAAUAUUGUCCUUUCUUUUCCUUUGGUUUUAAGAUUCAAAAUAACUCAUUUUGUUAUUGCUUUGAAAAAGUAAUUUUACAGUCUUGUGCCAAUGUCCUGUGCUACGUUAAUAAAAAAUGUGUUAUCUUAUAAAUAGUUUUUUAAUGUUAUCCAAGCCUUGGGUUUUUAGAAUGUUUCCUAAAAUGUGCAACAUGAUCAUGUUCAUGUUUAGUUAGCAUUAGAUAAGAAAGCCAUUUUUGAGGUUAGAGAGAUAUUAUAUUUUGAUUUAUCCCUGAAGCAAUAUUAUUUAACAAGGAAGGACCUUCUUGAACUUGGCCAAAAAUCAAACAUAGUCUGACUUGUAGUGUUAAAUAUCAGUUGAUGUGAAAUGACAUUCGUCAAAGGUUUCUCUUACACUGCCUCAUCUGGAUGCUUUUUUACCCAUAUUUAAUACGUGUAUCACAGUGUUGAAGCUCAAAUUAAUGAUCACUCUAACUCAUAAAUAUUAAAUCUAAAAAAAAAAAACUGUGAUAGUUCUAAAUUCAUUAGAACAUUACCAAGUUCCAUAAUUAAGUGUACCAUUCAUACCAACUGAAUAAAGACGCCUAAUUUAACCUAGAAUUCCAUUCUGAACCAAAAUCACUAAAUAUAUUAAUAUCUAUUAAAAGCAUUUUGCUGUUUUUAAAGGAAAUUAAACCCACAAUGUCAUUAGCUAAACUCUAAAUUAUACAAGAGUUUAUAUAUACCAUCUUGAACAAAAAUCACUCAACUUUGUUAGAAUUUAGUUGAUGGUUUGAAUAAUUAACAAUUAUGACAAACAAAACACAAUUAUUAUGAAAUCUAGCACUUAAGUUCCUUGCUUGGACUUGCCUGUAAUUUUUCCUCAAGGUCAAAAUACUACAAUGGAAGUUCAGAAUAUAGUUUUUUCAGAACAAUCUUAUAGAAUAAUCUAUUAAAAUGUUUUAUUUUUAACCGCUUCCCGGUCUACUUUAUUUGCCCAAGUUGGUCAUAUUUAGGUCCACUUUUUUUACCAUCAGAAAUAGUUUUUUACCAGCGACAACUAUUUAUAUUGAUUAAAAAUUGUUUUCAUGCAUAUUUCAUGUCUUUUUUUACUUUAAAAACUAUAUACAAGAUUAACCCGAGUAUACUCGGACGUAUGUAUAUAUAUUAUAAAUAAAAUGAAUGUUUUGCACACACGAACAUACUCAAAUUUUAUUAUAAAUUGUAUCUCAAACAUUAUGUUGUUAUAUUCACAAUAUAUCUAAUGAACUAUACAAAAGGAAUAUAAUGAAAUUCUGGUAGAGAAUAAAUGAAUGUGUUGAAUAUAAAAAAAUAAAAACUCCCAUCUGAUUGUUCAAAAUCACUAACAAGCUCUUCAUCGCUCAUGGUCUAAUACACCUCUCAAAUUUACUUGAAAAUAAACACAGGAGAUAUUGUGAAACACAGCUAAAAUGGCAGCGCAAUGAAUGAGGAAGGACGACGCUAGCGCGAUCUACCGAUUCCUCUACAAACUAUUACAGUGCAUAUAAAGUGCUGCUGCAGGCGGGGAACUCGUCAAAUAACUACUGAGCAAGUUAAUACAGGCCAGUCCAAAUUAGAACGGACAUUUAUUAUUUGUUGCACGAGUUUACUCGGGUUAGUCCGUUUACGAACAUUUGUAAAAAACGGGUUAGCUCGGGAUAAUCCAGGAAGCGGUUAAAAUGGAAAAUUUAUUUUUGAAUUAAUUUAUAUUUAUCUUUUUAUUUAAUACAUACAUGGAUAUAAUCACAAUGGUCUGUUCUCCAUUACUUUAUCCAGUUACCACGAAGAAAAGCUAAUACAGAUUUUGAUUUACACACAAUAUUAAGCGUGUCAUAGAUAGUCAUGACCAGGGGAUUUAGUUUUACAAUAUAUUACGUUAACUGACACAAAUUGAUAAUUUUUGGAAACUAAGUACAAAACUGUUAAGACUACUUUUUAGCAGUUGUCAGAUAUUACAUGAUCUAAAAUGAUAAAAACUUUCCAAAAAUACCAAAGUCUUUAUCUGUAUCUACCACAAAAUACACAACCGUAAUAUUUUUUUUUAUUAUUAGUUAUUACAAAGAUAGUCUGAUAAGAGGUACAUUACAUUCUUAUAUUGGCCGUCAUUUUUUCUAUUACUCUCAAGCAAAUUUUAAUCAAUGGCUAAUUUAUAGUUAUAACAGCUAGUUUUUAACAAGUUUUAUAUUACAAAAAAAUUGGAUGAUAAAGUUGAAUUUUUGGCAUAUUUUAAAGUUUGAAUCAUAUAUGAAAAAUCCAACAUUUUACUAUUUGGACAACUUGCUGUGCAAUAGUAAAAUUAGUAAUAUUUUGGUCUUUUUUGUGUUUGCGUUCUUUUUAUUUAAAAAAAUACUGAUAUGGUUUCAUAAAGAGAAGUCCUGCAAUUCAAGUGCAAAAUGGUAAAUGUAAUUUUUAUAUUUUAUUAUGUACAGUAUUUCAACAUUCUGAAAAGUAUUCACAAAUGCUGCAACAUCAUUAGCACCUUUUUUGUGUUCUUACCAUAUGUUGCUAACUAUUUCUAAUACAGAUUUUUCUUGUAUUUUUAUUGUAAUUAUGCUUGAAAUACUGCACAAUAUUCACCCAUAGUAUAUUUAUCUAUUUCCAAAACACCAAUUGAAAUUUUACCUGGAGUAUUUGUUUGCCUAUCUACAAAACCAAUAAAGAUCCCUAGUGUGAACCAAACUUUUGGUACUUAAUCUCAUUUCCUAUGAUCUAUAAGGAGAUUGUUUGUAAAUUGAGAUUUUAAAGGCCAGUAGUUUUGGUUUUUAUCGUUGUUCUUUAAUCAUAACGUUAUAACUGUAAAAGUAAUGCUGUAUUGUUACUAACUACUGUGCAAAGAUUGCAAAUUUCUAUAAUUUUGGAAGUCUUCUCCUGCUGGAAUAAUUGGUGUUCGUGUGUAUUUUGUCAAAAUGUAAUUAUAUAUUGUUUUUUGUGCUAACGGUAUAAUUUUGCAUUUGGAAAUAGAUGUAUGUUUAUCUUUGUGCUUAUAUUGUAGCCAAAGGCAAGGACUGCUGUAUUCCAUAUUGAUUUACUCCUUAUGCCAAACCAUUUCAUGGUAAUAAUAUGAAUUUUAAUUUAUACGUGAAAAGAGAAAUUUGUUUAAAUAAUUCAUGAAAAAUGUUAGAUGGCUUGUUUAUUUACAAGAAAUAAUUAUCUCUUUGAGAACUACAUGACUAUUACAGUGACUUGUUAAUAUAGGUGAGAAAGAUAUAGCUACUUUUUUAUAAUCGCUAUUGUUUUGUUUGAAUCCCAAGGCCACCAUGAGAGUCCAAAUUUAUAAACUACCACUAACAUUGUAAGAUUAUGAUUGCAUAAUUUUCAACAUUGAAUACAAUUAUUUUAUUACACAAAACAUGUUCAGAAAACAACACAGGUUAAUGUUUUUCGUUUGAAAAAGCAUAUGAAUAUUUUUUUAUAUGUUCCAAAAAAUUGUUCUGUAUUGGAUUAGUUCAUUUUAUAUGUCAUCAGCAGCAAAUUAAUUGAUAAGUACUUUGUUUCCAUAACUAUUUACUUAGAUUUUUAUAAUUUAUUACAAAUUUAGUGUUCUUUGUUUUAUACAAGUAAAAUCAACAUGAUUAAUUCUGAUCCAUAGCAAACUGAAUAGGAAAACAAUAAACUUUCAAAUGAUGACUAUAGAAAUGUUCUCUUUAAUAGCCAGCAAAGCUGUACUAGUGGCCAUCUUAAUUUUAGCCCCAUAAGAACAAUGUUAAACACUUAUGAUAAAUAUAAUCUUUUUGUAUCACAGCCUUACUUCUUAUCGUAGAAUGCCUUAAUUUAAAGUGAUUAUUUAAAAAAAUCAAACUUUACAAGAAAAACUAAAAGUCGUUUGGAUGCGUACUCAUAAUACUUUAAAAAUGGGACAUCUUCCAUAAUUCUACGAUGAAAAAUAUAGGUAUAAAAUUAUUUCAGUUCAACAUUGUUCUUAUAGGACAAAACUCAAGGUGGUUGUUUACAGCCAGCUCUUAAGAGUUGGUUGUAGUAAAACGAUUUUGUCACUAAACUUCAUAAGAACAAUGUUAAACUUCAAACGCUGUUAAGCUCUUAUUUUUUCUUAGGGUUAUGGAAGAUGUGUUAACCCUUUUAGUGUCAGACAUGAAAAAGUUUAAAAAUACAAAGUGCCACAUUAUUUUUAGAGUUAAUUUGCGAGAAGUGUCAGAGGUUUUUUGCCAAAUACGCAAGUCCUUGGAAAAAAAUGUAAACCAUUAUUAUUUAUGAAGAUAUCUUAAACCUCUUUACAUUAAUAAAUUAUGCAUUUAAAAAUAUUGUUGUUCUAAUGGGGUUGCCAAUUAAUAUAGCUAGCAGUACAGCUCACUUUUAUCUUAAAAGCGUGCAAAUAUAGCAAUAUUGAAAUUGUUCUAUUUUACCAUAAUCUAACUCUAACUUAAAAAUUAAAAUUUUGUUUUAUAUGGUCAAUAUUUAGCAGAGUAAAAAAUUUCAAACAAAAUUUUAUUAUGAUUUGAGAUAAAGGUUCUCAAUUUUUAAAUUUACAAGAACAAUUUGUCAACUUUUAGGAAGCCAAGAAAGUAAUGAUCAUGUUUUUGUCAUUAUUGGCAAAUGUAUACAUACUAGAAUAAUUAGGGGUGAAAAUAAAAUUAGUCCUUGUUGUAGAAUGUAUGUAGUAAAAUUUUCUAAUUCUUUUUAGCUACUCAAUUUUAUAAAUGAUUAAAUUUCUUACUUUCAAAUUGUAAUAAGGACGAUGAGUGCUGUAUUAUGAUUGUUCAUCUAAGACGUACAGUAAUUACAAAGACCAUUCAUUGAGGAAAAGAUCAAAUUAUUAAAGAAAUUAUGCUAUUUAAACCACAAAUACUUGACUUCUUUCAAGUCCUGACCUUUACUCACUUCCCACGAUCUGUCAGCCACAAAAUGUAAGAAGUAGUAAGGUGGUUGGAAUUUUUUUUAACUUUAAAUCUUUAUGAUCAUGAAAUUAGGUGAGUGAGAUUAUGUUAUUUCAUUCAGCUAAGAGAGAGGCUUACCGUGAUUCUAAGUUUUUACAACUAUGUAAAGCAAAAUGUGCCUUACAAGUACAGCAAUUUGUCUGGUCUUCCAAACAAAAAAAUUAAUUUAUUAAAUCAAUAUAGCAAACUUUUCCUCACUCACUUGAUUUUGUAAUCAUUACAAGAACUCUUUCAAAGAAAUACAUGACAUUUUAUUUCAUUUUUGUGUUUUAUAAUAUUGUUAUUUUUAAACAAUAUUUUUGAUAGAUGACACAAGCAGUUAAUUUUAAAAUUGUAAUAACAAAAGUAUAAAAUUAAUAAAUUUUAAAAUUUUAGCUGAGUUAAAAAUUAAAAAAAAUUCUGUUUGUAGUUACUGACUUGUUCUGAUUUUCAAGGAUUAAAUACUGAAUUUUGAAAAUGUCAUCACUAGUUCACCUAUGUAUGUAUUUUGUGUUUGUGUGCUAAAAUAAAAUCUUAAAUUUUUUAAAUGUUGUAUUAGUUUUAGUUAUAAACAUAAGAUGUUUUAUGUAUAAUGGCUGCCACAAAAGUAAUUUUGUAAUUACACUUUAUUAGAUUAUAUUCUAACUACAUUAAUCCAAUAAUGAUUGCUUCAUUUCUAGUUAUGAAUUGUAUUUGUUACAAGUUUAAUUCAUGUAAAUUAUUGUUUGUUAUAUGACUGUAUAUUAUACUUGUAUAUAUAUUAUUGCUUAUAACAAAAACUGAAUGGUAUACUUCGAUUUUUUAAAUGUAUAUGUACAGUUGAGCGUAAUUAUUACUCUUUUAUUUAAAGUUAACUUUACUCAGCAAAUAAAGGCAAACCCAUUUAUCGAAGAUUGCAAUUUGAAUAUACAGCUGCACAUGAAUCAAUAUAGACUGUGUUCUGUUUUUUAUUUUGUCGUCUUGCUCAGUUUGUUGUAUGAUUAGAUAAUAUUGUUUUUUUUAAAUUUUUAUUAAAAAUUAAAUGAAUGUAUAAAAUAAAUUACAUAAAUGUAUAAAUAUGCAAUGUUGUUAUUUUGUUCACUCACUCGCUUUCUUGCUAUUACACUUGUAUUGUUUACUGAAUCAUACUAAAAUUGUGAAAAUAUCAAAUAUAUCAUGUUAACAUUUUGUA